GUGUGUCAGAGAAAAGGCUGGUGUACAGUAUAUGUGAGUGUAUCAGCUAGUGUGUGUGUAUGUGUGUAUGAGUGUGUGAGCCAGCGUGUGUGUGUGUGUGUGUGUGUCUCUCCUGCCCUUAGCUGCAAUCUCUCCUGCAUGAUGCGCUUUUUCUGAGUGAGGAGGUCAGUCCGAGCUUCGUGUUCCAGACUACAAGGUGAAUUUAUUUGGGGUUAUUACAUUAAAACCACUCGGAUCUCGGGGGUCUGUUAUGGCCAGUUUGCACAUGGACGCAUUAUAUGUGUGGAUAAUCACCUGUUUCUGGAGAACGGUGGAGGCCAUCCACUCUGACUGUGCCAUCAUCUCUCAGCACAUAAAGGCUCAGGAGCUGUGCAUGCAGACCAAGAAGAAAGAGAGCAAGAACCAGACGGAAACACAGGGCUGCAAGACGGAAUGGGACGAGAUCCGCUGCUGGCUCCGAGCCGACAUCGGCCAGGUGGUUAACGUGUCCUGUUUGGAUGUUUUCCACCACCUUUCUACCAAGCAAGGUUACAUCUACAGGAACUGCACAGCAGCAGGCUGGAGUGAUCUAUAUCCACCUUACGAGAAAGCCUGUGACUUCGGAAAUGAUGCAGAGCCUGAAUCUAAGACAACCUACUUCUCAACAUUUAAGCAGGUGUACACAGCAGGAUAUGCCACAUCCCUGAUAUCUCUCAUAACAGCUAUCAUAGUCUUUACUUUCUUCAGGAAGUUCCACUGCACCAGGAACUACAUACACAUCAAUCUUUUUUCUUCCUUCAUUCUCCGGGCCAGUGCGGUCUUCAUCAAAGAUGCUGUUCUUUUCUCGGACGAGUCUCUGGAUCACUGCUUUAUGUCUACUGUAACGUGUAAAUCCGCUGUAGCUUUCUUCCAGUUCAGCAUCCUGGCGAAUUACUUCUGGUUGCUGGUGGAGGGCAUGUACCUGCAGACUCUGCUCGUUCUCACCUUUGUCUUGCAGAGGAAGUACUUCUGGUGGUACAUUCUGACUGGAUGGGGUGUGCCAUCGGUUGUCCUUGUUGUUUGGGUGUUGACACGCAAUUUCUAUGACAACAGUGGUUGCUGGGAUGACACAGAAAACAUAGGUGUGUGGUGGAUAAUCAAAGGUCCGAUAACAGCAUCGCUGUUUGCCAACAUUAUCAUCUUCCUAAAUGUGAUCCGGAUCCUGGUUGAGAAGCUCAAGUCAGCCGGUGUUGGAGGCAAUGACACCGGCCAUUUCAUGAGGUUGGCUAAGUCCACAUUGUUCUUGAUCCCGCUGUUUGGAAUGCACUACACUGUGUUCGCCUUCCUGCCAGAGAACACGGGAGAAACAGCACGACUCUACAUUGAGCUUGGCCUGGGUUCCUUCCAGGGCUUUGUGGUCGCUCUUCUGUACUGCUUUCUUAAUGGAGAGGUGCAGGCUGAGCUAAAGAGGUGCUUGUGGAGGUGGCACUCUCAGAACCAGCUCAGUCCUGGUAAAAAGCGGCGCAUCACAGUCACUCAGAUUAGUGUCCUGGAACUGGCCGAACCACCACAUAUCAGUUCCAUUAAAGUCACAUCGCUGUGAAAGUCCCUGAGCUGUAUUAAUCAGGAUGUGAUGCAAAAGGAUGCGAUAUACAGGGCAGACACUCGGAAUUGAUGAGCGGAGAUGGAAUGAAUAGAUGAAAAAGCAAUAGGAUCGAAUAAGCUGAAGAAAGAAAAAAAAAUGAAGGGUGAAGCCAGUGACCUGCUUUACAUAGGUCAUUUGAAAAGAUCUUGCAUUGCUUAAAUGCUAUAUAAUAGCUAUGAGUAACAUUUUGAGCACAACGUUUUUUUUAAAGUCAUUUUUAAAGCCAUUGUUUUGUGUAGCAUUAGAGAAAUGGUUCUAGUGUUCCCAUAAAAGACUGUAGCAUUCCUAAUAUUCAGGUCAAUCUGUGGGUCAAUUCAGGACAACCUCAUAACUGUGAAUUACAACUUCCUGUUAAGUGGAGAUGUUUGUAAAAGGUACUUGAGGCCUUUCCUUAUACCUUUGACCUUUGGCACCUUUAUAGACGUUUUAUCCAAAUUAUACGUUGUGCUUGUGGUACAUUUCUAAAAUCUGUUCUUCAAAUGCUGGUUGUAUGUACAGUGUAUUUUACACACAGAAAUACAGAAAUAAAUCACUGUAGGUAAAAGCUUCCUCUGCUCUUUAGCAUGAAUUCCAUUUAGCGUUUGCUGAACCUUUCAAAAUACUGAUGAAACCCAAGACAACUGACUGAAUAUAAUACAAUACAAAUCUGUACACAGCAUAAACAUUUUUAUUAAACACAUUGUGUAAUAUUAUUCUUUUUAUGGGAUGUUGUAUAUACACUAUAUUGCCAA